AUGGCUCCAAAAAAGAAGACCCCCCGCCGCCUCCCAGCUACUUCGCUGAUCACCUCGUCCUCUGGCGGGGAUAUCUCUGCGUCGGGCCGUACCCGGCCAACACGUACUGCUGGUGGUGUGGCCGCUGGUGCGCUGCGGUCUGCAGUGCAGAAGAAAUCGUCGAAGAAGUCACCCUCGAAGAAGGGCAAGUCCGCCGCUGCUCCCCCCUCUGCGAAGAAGCGCGUGCGCUCCCCCUCCCCUGCCAAUGCCGAUGGGGACGACGUCGAGGACGAAGACGACGACGAUGAUGAAGACGACGAAGCCGAUGCUGCGCCGCCCAGCACGCCGACCCCCUCGCCCCGUCGCAGGCCUCGUGCGCGUCUCCUGGAGGCGCAUUUCCUGCCUUGCCAGCGGUGCCUGCGGUCGUUGGGCCGCGACCCUGACCUGGAGUGCCCCGGCCCCGGCGACGAACCCUGCCCCCGGUGCAAGGGGUUGAAAAAGUCUGCGGCCGAGUGCUGCCCGGUUCCCGCGGAGCAGCUCGACCAGGCUGCCGCGACCGUGGAACUGGUGGCGACCCGUGCUGCCGGUUGGGAGGAUGCCGUCAAGGCAUUGGACAUGGCGAUGCGUCGUCGGUCUGAUCCUCGUUCGGCUAAGCCCCCAACCGGUGUGGGUAGUUCUGCUCCUGCUGCGGCGACGCAGGGUGAUUCGCCCGCCGUUAUGACGGCGGAUCCCCCGGCUGCUGCCCAGCAGUCCAUGAGCCGAUACCCUGCCCCCUUCGGCGGCCCCAUGUUGGGUGUUGCUGCCCCGUAUGGGCCGACUAUGUCGCCCUACAUGCAGCGCGGGUUACCCGCCCCUGGUUACAGGGAACCCUUUGGUGGUUAUGGCGCCGGGUUCGAUCCCGAACUCGCGCGCCUGCUGGCUGGGGUGCACGAGGCAACUCGCGCCCUUGGUGACUACCUCCACUAUCGGGGGUAUGUCUGA